GGGCACUGGGCACGAUAUUAUUGGAACGGUCGGAUCAAGAGGGGAUGGUCGAUGGGUCGCACCGCGGAAGUUCUUAAAUUCCAUUCCUCUUCACGCUAAGCAAAGCUGACAAGUCAAAACCCCGCCAAAAUCACACUCAUCAGUCAUCGCAGAGAUCCAAUUGGUGCUCUUUUAAGAACUUCUGGUUAGAUGCUGUAUUUGAAUUGGGAUCUAGAUAAUUAGUUUCUUCAAUGGCUCGAGUUAGGUCUUCAAUGCUAAAGUCACUAUAUAGUUCCUUUAGUCACACCACAAAGAUGCACUCAUUUAGCUCGUGCAUGAAUCCUACUAGAUUUGCUGAUCAAAUUCUUUUAAGAUCGUCCUACGCUUUUCUAAAUCUAGACUACCAAAGAAAAAGUAAAAGUUCAGUAAAUGCCUAUGGUAAAAUUCUGAGUUCUGAUUCUUCAGUUGCUACCAAAUUUUGCAAUGCCAAUUCCACGUUGCUGAAUUCAUGCUUCCGAAGUACUGUGCCUUUUAGUUCUGUGAGCUCCUUGUCGAUCCAUCGAUCAUUUUCAUCGUCUUCUGGUGACAAAGUUGACAAACCUGGGGAAGUUUCGGCUUCAAGUGGGAGUGGUGAUGUUGGGAUUGACUGGAUUGAUAAGGCUAAAGAUACUUGGCAAAGUGCAGUUGAUGCAAUGACUACUAUUGGGAACAAGACUAAAGAGGUUUCUGACGAACUUAUCCCUUAUGGCCAACAGUUUCUUGAUUCACAUCCUUAUCUUAAUAAUGUAAUUGUUCCUGUUGGUUAUACUUGUGUUGGUACCAUUUUGGCAUGGGUGGUGAUGCCUAGGCUUUUAAGGAUGUUUCACAAAUACUCUAUGCAAUCUCCUGCUGCUUUACUAUCACACAGCUUAUUUAAGGAGCCCAUUCCAUAUGAGAAAAGCUUUUGGGGCGCUUUAGAGGAUCCUGUCCGAUAUUUGGUCACCUUUAUGGCUUUUCUACAAAUCGGCAAGAUGGUGGCACCAACUACCAUAGCAUCACAGUAUAUAGCACAGGGAUGGAGGGGUGCAGUUGUUCUUUCUUUUAUAUGGUUCCUGUAUCGGUGGAAGACAAAUGUCUUUAGUCGUGCAUUGGGUGUGCAGAGUUUAUCAUUGCUUGAUAAAGAAAGGGUAUUAACACUUGACAAAGUUUCUUCUGUUGGCCUAUUUGUUCUCGGGCUAAUGGCUUUAGCUGAGGCAUGUGGUGUGGCUGUUCAGUCGAUCUUAACUGUGGGUGGCAUAGGAGGAGUGGCUACUGCUUUUGCUGCCAGAGAUAUCCUUGGGAAUGUGCUGAGUGGGGUUUCUAUGCAAUUCUCAAAGCCCUUUUCACUUGGAGAUACAAUAAAAGCUGGAUCUAUAGAAGGUCAAGUAGUUGAAAUGGGACUUACUACCACGAUGUUACUGAAUGCCGAGAAAUUUCCGGUCAUAGUUCCAAAUUCAUUGUUUUCCAGUCAGGUAAUUGUGAAUAAAUCUCGUGCCCAAUGGCGUGCUAUGAUGUCUAAAAUUCCUGUGAAUAUUGAAGACCUGAAUAAGAUUCCUCAGGUAUCAAAUGACAUAAAAAGCAUGCUAAAGUUGAACCCAAAAGUUUUCUUGGGAAAGGAGGUCCCUUACUGUUUUUUGUCUAGAAUAGAAAGCUCUUUUGCAGAAUUGACUAUUGGAUGCAAUCUCAUAACUAUGAGUAAAGAUGAACUGUACUCCACAGAACAAGACAUUCUUUUGCAGUCAGUUCGGAUAAUUAAGGAACAUGGUGCAUCACUGGGUAGUACCUGGCAAGAUGUAACCACUCGAUGAUGCUGCAGAUUGCUUAAGCUGGAGGUUGUACACUUGUUUCCCUGCAUUUGCUACACCAUCGUGCUUUGCAAAGACUUGAAAUUGAAAAGCAUAUAAUGGAAAGGUCAACUUGAGGCCAGCUCAAGGAGACAUAUUAGGUGUCUUAGUCAUCCAUCUUCUGCAUAGAAAUCAGGAAUUGGGAGGAAAUAGAAGAUAAAGAACAAUGAAUGGAAGCAAGGGGAAAAAAAGGAAGCUAGUUUCCUUGGGAGUUUUAUAUUAGGGUGAAUGAUAUUCCAGAUUUUCAUGCGGGUGCGCACAACAGAGUUCAGGAUAUGGAAAUCCACUCCACUUGGAUAUCGGAAGUUGUUUGGCUAACAGAAUACAAAUGAAACAAAUAGUACGACACUAAUGUUAGGAACCAUGAGAGUACAAGACCUAAACUUCCACCUCAAAUGCAGCAGAUGGAUAGAGCCACCCCAAGAAGAUUCCGGAGGGAAUUAUCAAUGCAAUUUUUCGUGUAACUUGCCCCGCUGGUAUCAAUACUUUGCUUUUUAUAUUCAAUUGGUACUAAUUUUUCAAUUGGUAUCAUGUCUAUUAUUUUUAUUUCAGUCGAAAGUACCAAAGGGGAUUCCGGUAAUUUUUAGUUGAUGUGUUAGCUGAUAAUCCAUAUCUAUUCAAUGAAUAGGCACCAUCUGUUUUAAAUGACAUCUUAUAGCAGAAAAAAAAGUAAAAGAAGUUAGCAUUCAUCCAAUAAGAGGAGCCAGCAAAACUUCCUUGGAUCGGA